AAAUCUGGGACGGAAACGGAAUCCCCGAAUCCCGGCGUCAUCGCGUUCGUUUAACUAAUCCUAAAAUCGUUCUUCUUCCUUGACGGACAUCCUUUCCUUGCUCGGCUUGGUUUCGUGCUUUCCUCAACCAUCCCCUCUUCCGUGGCGCGCAGUUUGUCCGCUGCUUCACGGAAAUUCCUACGGGACUUGUUAUAUAUCCGCUGCGCAGGCCCGGCCGUUGUUGUUGUCUCCGCUCACCCCGCCAGCCGCCAGCCUCCUCCCGCCGUCCCAAUCCCAGGAACUUUCGUCGCGUCAGGUGAUGCUUUCAGUAACCACAGGCAUAGAACAAUGUCGAUGAACUAUGAUGGGGAUAGAAGUGAGGACCGGCAAAGUGAGGAGGUUCAGUCAGCAUACAAAAGGGACAGUGACAUUGGUGAGGAAAUGAUAAUAAGUAGCGAAGAGCAAAAUGAUGAAAACGAAUGGAGCUGGGUGAACCAAGAUAGAAAUGGUGAUCCUCUUGCUGAAUCUGUUUCUUCACUUCAUACGACACAGCAAGUCCUUGAAAAUGAGAUACAAAAAUUAUCAGAACUUGGCAAAGAACUUGAGGCGGAGGAAUCCACUUCUGGUAACAAAGACCAAGAUGUGAUCGUUUUGCCGUAUGCAGAGGUCGAUAUGUUGGAACUGAAUGAGAAGAUGGAACAUCUUGAACAGAAAGUGAAAGAAGCAUCAAACACCAUCAGAGAGAAAGACUUGAAGCUUUCCAAGCUUCAAGUACUCAUCGGUACUACAGAUAGGGCGGCGCUGGAGGAGGCAACAGCUAGCAUCGACCAGUUGGAGACAGAGCUGGAGCACCAUCUCCAGGAGAAACUAGAAGCUGAAAUCCAGUGUCUGGUGAUGCUGAAAGCGAGGCAGAACUGGCAGGUCCGGGCAGAGGACCGGAUGGCCUUGGAGGAGCACAGGGCGCUGUCUGCCGGGGACAAGAGCAGAAUGCUGCUCAAGCUACGGGAGACAGAGAGUAAGAUUGUGAUGCUGAAAGAGCAGGUGGACAAGCUAGAGGUCCGGGAGAAGGAGCUCUACCGGACGACCGAGGUGCUGAAGAUGCAGAGCAGGACCUUCAAAGUGUCCCUCUUUGGCCUCCUCCAGCUGGUAAUGAUGUGCCUGUCCCUAAAGAUGUUCUUCGCGAGGGUCUCGGCCCCAUUUGACGAGGUUGUGCCGACAUGAUGCUGUCUAAGUCUUGUUUGGAUUGGAUGCAGUCGCAUCCACCUCCAUCCACAUGGAUUCAGGUGGAUAAUAGUGUAGCCAAACAAGCCCUCAGUUGGUGUUCUCUUCAGUCUGUAACUUGGCUCGCCUUGUUUGCGAUGCCUUAACGUGUGCCUUACUUUAGCUGGUAGUCUGUAGCCCAGUAGGUAGUAUUAGUUUCGUAAUCGUACACUGAAGUGUAGGUUGUGAUGAUGUAAGUGCGAAACUACGCGUGUUCUGUAAAAAAAAUGAUAAUGUAGGCUUGUGCAUAAAUUGGGUUUGAUUGACAA